UCACCUUCCCUCCCACCAUGCCGAGUCGGCUGCAGGCAGAGCUCCAUGUGGCUUGUGCUGCCGUACAACAUUGUGCGGUGCUCACGAAGCAACUGCAACGACACACCGUGAGCCAAGACAGCCAAAUCUCGAAACGCGACUUCAGCCCAGUCACUGUGGGCGAUUUCGCAUCACAAGCUCUAUUGACCUCCGCUGUGCACGCUGUGUUCCCGUCAGACAACUUCUUGGCCGAAGAGUCAGCAGACGACUUGCGGCAGAACGCAGCUCUUCUCGACAAGGUCUGGGAGCUGACAGAAUCCGCAAAACCGGCUUUCGAGGCAAAUACUCCUGCACUGUCUACACCCGGCUCGAAGGACGAAUUGCUUACGUUCCUUGACUGGGGUGGUACAAGGGAAAGAAGUGAUGAGGGGAGAACUUGGGUCUUUGACCCCAUAGACGGGACUGCCACAUUUCUGCGAGGCCAGCAGUAUGCCAUCAAUUGUGCUAUGCUCAUUGACGGACGUGAGGAGAUCGGCAUUAUUGGCUGCCCAAACGUCGUGCUUCACUCUUCUACGAUCAGUGAAGAUGUGGUUGAUGAGCACGGCUUAGGUCUGAUGAUCUAUGCUGUACGUGGCGAAGGCACUUUUGUUCGACCGAUGCAGUCGAAUGGAGAGCUUGCGCCGGCAACGAAACUCGAGCGACAUGGUGACAAGGCUUCUCUUGAUAGUCUGAUCUGGUCAGACUGCUCGAUGUACACGAGUACGAUCCUUGAGCUGCAUCAAAAGGUUGCUGCAAAGCUGAACACGCGAUGGCCUGGUGUGGAUCUCUUCAGCAGCCUAAUGAAGUACGCGGCAUUAGGUCUCGGCCGGAGCCAUAUCGUGGUACGUAUCUUCAGGUAUACAAGCUGGAGAUCUAACAUAUGGGAUCAUGCUGGGGGAAUCCUCAUCUUCGAGGAGUCGGGUGGGAAGGUGACUGACUUGAACGGUAAACCAAUCGACUUCACAACAGGAAGGAAGAUGGCGUCCAAUUAUGGACUGGUUUGUGCUCCAUCUAGCGUCCAUGGACAAGUCCUCAAACUUGCACAAGAUGUGAUCGAGGGACACCCACCUAUACCUUACAGCAAAUGAUUGGCCCGACGAUGAUUCCGCCUCACCAUGGCGCUAUCGAGCUGUGACUGUACUCUCGAGAUUUGCCGUAGCACUGCUGCGCUCAAGUACCCCCAUCAUUGGCGUCACACCGAUGCUUGCCGCGCUGUGACAGAUUUUUGUCGUAUAAGUCCUCAGCAGAUGAGGAACGAUUGCAGCAUUAACUUGCUCAAUUUCACGAAGAGAAGGAUUCUCAAAGUCAUGCAUCUCCGCUUCCUCACUUACGCCGCCAGCGCCGCCUUCUUCGCAUGCGUCGGCCAUUCGCAAUCUUGUC